GCCGGACUUGUCUUGCCAGCGGAAGUUAGUAGUUACAGAGCGCGUGCAGCAGCAGCCGCAGCAGUCCCAGGCGGCCAGAACAGUUUCUAAUAUAUCCUAAACACCCUGAAGUAUGACCAGUGUGGAACCGGUGGCAGCAGUUGGAGAGGUUCUGAUGGACCCAGGACAGGACUUGACCCGGCGGUUUAGAGCCCUAUUCACCCUGAAGAACCUGGGAGGUGCUGAAGCUAUAGAAUGGAUCAGUAAGGCCUUCACUGAUGAGUCUGCCCUGCUGAAGCAUGAGCUGGCUUACUGCCUGGGACAGAUGCAGGACAGACUGGCCAUCCCCACUUUGACUGCAGUACUCAAAGAUACACUGCAGGAACCCAUGGUCAGGCAUGAAGCAGGGGAGGCUCUGGGAGCAAUUGGUGAUCCUGUGGUUCUGGACCUACUGAAAGAGUACAGUGAGGAUCCCGUCAUAGAGGUGGCAGAGACGUGUCAGUUGGCUGUUCGUCGUUUGGAGUGGCUGCAGACUGGAGGAGAGAAGCAGUUGGAGGAUGGAAGUACAGAUAAGAACCCCUACUGCUCUGUAGACCCGGCCCCCCCAGCAGUGAAAAAGAGUGUGUCAGAGCUGCGCUCUUCCCUGUUGGAUGAGACUCUGCCACUCUUUGAACGCUACCGCGCAAUGUUUGCCCUGCGUAACCUGGGCAACGAGGAGGCUGUGCUGGCACUGGGAGACGGCCUGCUGUGCUCCAGUGCUCUGUUCCGUCAUGAGAUCGGCUAUGUCCUGGGACAGAUGCAGCACCCGGCAGCGGUCCCGGCCCUGCGCGCAGCUCUGGAGCGUUCCGGUGAGAACCCCAUGGUCCGACACGAGGCGGCAGAGGCUCUUGGGUCCAUCGGCAAAGAGGAGUGUCUGGCUGUGCUGCAGCAUUACCGUGGAGACGGAGAACGUGUGGUCAAGGAGAGCUGCGAGGUGGCUCUGGAUAUGCUGGAGUAUGAAAACAGUGAGCAGUUCCAGUAUGCUGAUGGACUGGUCAGGUUACAGGGUUAAGGUGCUUUCACUCAAAUUGCUUAUUUAACAUGUGUACUACUCUCUGUACUAUUGUAUUACCUUAUACAACAGAGACGGCUGGACAACUCAGUGCUGCAUCAAUAAAACUAUUGGAUCCUGUGGGAGGAAGCUUUACAGUAUGAAAGAUCCAAUGAAAGUUGAAACUGUAAAAGCCCACACAAACCAUCCAGGAGUUGGUGUUGUAACACCAGGGAGGAGAGAGUCCUGUGUUCUUUCCCCUUCAAGAUGCCACUGCAUAUGUCUUCGCUUCAUUUGGAGUUUUGUGGAAACGACAGCACCUUCAGUUUGCUCAUAUUCUUAUUGUUUUGUCUGGGAGCUGUAUGUGAUCAUGCAGUCCAAUAGAACGGAAUGAGACCGCGCUUGAUGGACUGAACUUGUAAGUGUAGGCAUCGGUUCUGAUCCAGGCUGCAGUACAGCUGAUCAGGCCUGGUGUUGGUGCAUUCUGCUCUAACUCUUUAAUACAAGCCAAAGAUCUAUCAGCUUCUCUAUUGUGGAUUUACAGUAUGUUCGGAAAGAUCAUUCCAAACUGGAAUCUGCUCCGGAGACUUAACAGUGUAAGAUUUUAGUUAAACCUAAAUCUCUCAUGCUCCUCUAGUUGCUUGGUUACUACAUUACUGUAAAACACAGGUUUUGAUUUGUAUCUUGUAUCCAAGUAAUUAAAAAUGAUGCUGUAUACAUUUA